GCGAGCUUCGAAAGGGCGGGAAAGGCGGUUGGAGAGGGAGGGGCGAGCGGUUACUCACUCCAUGGCUGCGGGAAGGAGAGGCGGCGGCGGCCUCGGCUGAAGAAAAGAAGGCGGUAGAGAAGAGCGCAAGCGCGGUUGCGGACACUGACGGAUCUGCUUUGGGAGCCUGAGUAGCUGUCGCCACCAGACUCUGGAGCCAUGAGCGGGUUUAAUUUUGGAGGCACUGGGGCCCCCACAGGCGGGUUCACAUUUGGUGCUGCAAAGACGGCGACAACCACGCCUGCUACCGGGUUUUCUUUCUCUACAUCUGGCACUGGUGGGUUUAAUUUUGGGACUCCCUCCCAACCGGCCGCAAGCACCCCUUCUAGUGGCCUAUUCUCGCUCACGACCCAAGCUCCAGCAACACAGACCCCAGGAUUCAGCUUUGGAACCACAACUCCUGCUACAGGAGGAACUGGAUUUUCCUUAGGGAUCAGCGCGCCAAAGCUCAACUUGAGCAGUGCAGCGGCCGCCCCAGCCCCGGCCCCCACUGGCAGCUUUGGGCUCGGCAGCAGCACCCUCACCAGUGCCAUCUCGAGCGCCGUCACCUCCGGCCAGAGCACAGCCCCCACCGGCUUCGUGUUCGGCUCCACCACCACCUCUGCCGCCCCGUCCACCGCACCAGGAGGGUUCUCAUUCACAGGGGGAGGCACAACCCAGACCGGGGCCUCAGGUUUCAAUAUUGGCUCAAUGGGGACGUCGACCCAGCCCACGGCCCUUGCCGGAUUGCCCUUCACUCCCGCCACUCCGGCUGCCACUGGAGCAGGAGCAACCCAGCCAGCUGCUCCUGCCCCUGCUGCUGCCACCACCAGCGCUGGGCCCACGCUGUUUGCCUCACUAGCCACCGCUUCAACCUCGUCCACCGCCACUGGGCUUUCCCUUUGUACCCCUUCGACAACGGCCGGAACUCCCGGGGCUGGAACGCUGGGCUUCAGCCUAAAGGCCCCUGGAGCAGCUCCUACUGCCUCCACAACAACAUCCACCACCACUGCCGCCGCUGCCGCCCCCACCACUACAUCCACCACCACCACUGGCUUCGCCUUGAAUCUGAAGCCACUGGCACCAGCCGGGAUCGCCAGCAAUGCACCAGCUGCUGUGGCCGCGCCACCUGGCCCCAGUGGCAGCACUGGGGCAUCCGCCAGCCCUGUGAUGACCUACGCCCAGCUGGAGAGUCUGAUCAACAAGUGGAGUCUGGAGCUGGAGGACCAGGAGCGGCACUUCCUGCAGCAGGCCACACAGGUCAAUGCCUGGGACCGCACACUGAUAGAGAAUGGGGAGAAGAUCACUACCCUCCACCGUGAGGUGGAGAAAGUGAAGCUGGACCAGAAGAGGCUGGACCAAGAGCUCGACUUCAUCCUGUCUCAGCAGAAGGAGCUGGAAGACCUGCUGAGCCCUCUGGAGGAGUCGGUCAAGGAGCAGAGUGGCACCGUCUACCUGCAGCAUGCCGACGAGGAGCGUGAGAAAACCUACAAACUGGCUGAGAACAUCGACGCCCAGCUGAAGCGCAUGGCCCAAGACCUCAAGGACAUCAUCGAGCACCUGAACACAUCUGGAGGUCCGGCCGACACCAGCGACCCACUGCAGCAGAUCUGCAAGAUCCUCAACGCACACAUGGACUCGCUGCAGUGGAUCGACCAGAACUCGGCCCUGCUGCAGAGGAAGGUGGAGGAGGUGACCAAGGUGUGCGAGGGACGUCGCAAGGAGCAGGAGCGCAGUUUCCGGAUCACAUUCGACUGAGUUGCCAGCCAUCUUCAGGGCCUGUGUGUUCCCAGGGUGUUGGGGGCAGUGGGGGAUGCGCAAUUACUGUCUAGUAAUUCUAGUUUUUGGUUGCAGUGAAUACUUGUUUGUUCCUUUCUUUCAAAUGACAGUGCCGUUGAGAACAGUUCUGUGGUUUGACUUUGCAUUAGUGAAAAUAGAAGUAUUCUAAGCUUUCUGGUCCAGGCAGCAGCCUAGUGGGUGUGGUUUCUUUGCGUAUCUUUUUGUAUAUCUCAGACCCCUUUCACUAUGACCCCCACCCACCCCAUCCUUCUUGCUCCAGCCAAGUGCUAGAGAAGUGCUGGCGUUCACCCAAAACCCAUCUUCUCCUAGCCCCAGGGUCUGCUGAGCAGCCAUUCUGCCCAACAUAGUUGUAGGUACAGUGAAGAGAGUCUCCGUCCUUGAGAACACGGCAUCCUGGUGUAAGGUGUGUGCACGCGGAGAUUCACUACAGUACGAAGGAGGGACUUGUGAAUAGGACCAACUGUGGGAUGUAGAAUUUCAAAGGAGGAAGGACCAGUCAGAUGAGGGACUUGAAUGCAGUGUUGAGAAAAGGGUCAGACUCACACUGGGGAGCUCUUUACCUUGCCUGGCUGACAGGCCACUUCCUCCUCCAGGUCUCCUUAUCUUAGGCCUCACCUCCUGCAGGAAGCUCUCUCAGCUGCCCCAAGUUUGGGUCAGGUGGCUGUCCUGUGGCCCCUACGCCACACAGAGCGUGCAUCUUUGGUAACACUUGCUGCACUGUCUUGUACCGACUGUUUACUUCUCUGCCUCCCCAUUAGAGUGUGAGCCCCUGUGGGCAGGGACUGUUUCUUGUCCCUUUUGUGUCCUCAGCACAAUCCCUCUCACAUUUUUGAAUGAACAAACAAUGGAGAUGAAACACGGCAUCAAAUGUUCAUCCACAAAAUUCCUGCUGAAAUGGCCACGGGUGCCAGAGGCGGCCACAGACUCGGGUCGGAACUUGGCAAUGCUGGAGCAAACCUAGUCUGUUACAGUGAGAUCCAUGGCGUCCAGAAGACAGAAGCCAACCAUUUGUUUCCUGAGUGUCUUUUGUAUUUGUCUUUAUACUUUGCUGCACUGUCUGAGAUACCUAUGACUAUAUAUUGCUUUCCUAAAUAAAAGUUAUUGUGGAACGGAAAAA